CGUAUUUUGAGAAUGACUCUCACGUUCAGACUUGAAAAAACUCUACAAGGGAUUCUCACAUGCCCAGCUGGGUGGAAGCCACGGAAUCCUACUCUACACUAUUUACAGGCAAGGGCUGUGAAUCGUAAGUAUUCUAGACGCAAUCCACAGUCCCGCAGAUUUUGCUCACCGGAAUCCUGCUAAGUGUCAUUGAAUUGCAUUUUGCACCAAGAUUUCUGUGCGGAUCAGAAUCUGUGCUUUUGCUGGCAUCUCCCUUCUUUAUGCCAUUGAUCAGGGUUUGACAAACUGUAGCCAUGACAGCCAAGUCAGGCCAAGCCCGUUCACGUGUGAAGUUGUCCGUGUCACUCUCAAGCCACCAGGGCAGAUUCUAGUUGUUGGGACAGAAACUACAGGAUCUGCAGAGUCUGAAAUAUUUUACUGUCUGGUCCUUUGCAGAAAGAGGCUGCCCACCCUUGUUCUAAAGGACUAUUUUCCUGCAAAAUAGCAUGCCAUGUACUCUUUGUGUCCAAGGGAAACAGAACGCCAGCCCGUAACUGUCGGGCUCCCUGGGAAUGCCCGUCUCACUCACAGAGUGUCUUGCUUUCUUUCCUCCUUAGACUCACGUCCCCCCAUUAUCUCCGCUGGUGAGCCAGAGGGCCUGACCGUCCAUCCCCUUCCAUCCACGCCCGCCCCUCCUGCCGAGAACAAGCACCGCGAUGAGUGGGGAGGUGAUGAAUUUCAGCGCCGGCUUCAACUUCAGCGAGGACUACUUUGGGUCGGGUAACAGUUCGGAUUACUCAGCUGACGGUGACAGCUUCGUGUGCUCCCUGCAGGAGGUCCGGAGCUUCUCCGGGCUCUUCGUGCCCGUGGCCUACUCCCUGAUCUGUGUCUUUGGCCUCUUGGGCAACGUCUUGGUGGUGGUCACCUUUGCUUUUUACAAGAAAGCCAAGUCCAUGACGGACGUGUACCUCUUGAAUAUGGCCAUCGCGGACAUCCUGUUCGUCCUCACCCUCCCGUUCUGGGCGGUGAGCCACGCCACUGGCGAGUGGGUGUUCAGCAACGUCACGUGCAAGCUGAUGAAGGGCAUCUACGCCGUCAACUUCAACUGCGGGAUGCUGCUCCUGGCCUGCGUCAGCAUGGACCGCUACGUCGCCAUCGUGCAGGCCACCAAGUCCUUCCGGCUGCGGUCCCGCACGCUGGCGCACCGCAGGGCCAUCUGCCUGCUGGUGUGGGCGGCGUCGGUGCUCAUCUCCGUCUGGACCUUCGUGUUCAACCAGAAGUACCACGUGCAGGACAGCACCGUGUGCGAGCCCCGCUACCACGAGGGCUCCGACCCCAUCAAGUGGAAGCUGCUGGUGCUGGGCCUGCAGCUGCUCUUUGGCUUCUCCAUCCCGCUGCUGUUCAUGACCUUCUGCUACGCGCUCAUCGUCAGGACCCUGGUGCAGGCCCAGAACUCCAAGCGGCACAAGGCCAUCCGCGUGAUCAUCGCGGUGGUGCUGGUGUUCCUGGCUUGUCAGAUCCCCCACAACAUGGUGCUCCUGGUGACGGCCGCGCAGCUGGGCAGGAUGAACCGCUCCUGCCAUGGCCAGAAGCUGCUGGGCUACGCCACCAACAUCACCGAGGUCCUGGCCUUCCUGCACUGCUGUCUCAACCCCGUGCUCUAUGCCUUCAUCGGACAGAAGUUUAGGAGCUACUUUCUGAAGAUCGUGAAGGACCUGUGGUGCGUGCGGAGGCGGCGGAAGUCUCCGGGCUUCUCCUGCUCCAGGCUGCACUCGGAAAGCUUCGUCUCCAGGCAGAACAGCGAGACUGUGGACAACGAGAACGCCUCGUCCUUCACCAUGUGAGCGGCCCGGAGCAGGCCCGAGGUCUGGGGGACUGCGGACAUGCACUUGGGGCCCCCGGGGGUCCCCUGCGGUUGGCCUUCCCCAAAAUGGACCCCCGGGACUACGAAUCAGACAUUUUCAGGAAUAUGUGUGAAGCAUCUUGUGAGCACGACCUCUCCUGAUCACAGCAAAACGCACAGGGUUGGGAAACCCAAGAUGGAAAAAUAUCACGUAAGAGCCCUCGCACCCCUCAUCUUAGGCAGAAGGUGAAACAUUCCACCCAAGCCGGCCAAGUGGCGUGGGGAGAUGGACGGUUGCUGGAUGAGCACGGGUGUCCAUUGUCACCGAGGAUAAGGAAGACGAGGUGGUAACAGGCCAUUGGGAAAGGGCUGGCUUGCUUUAUUUCCCCGGGGAAGUGUUCUCUGCAGUCGCCAAUUCUCCGAAAGUCGGGUAGGCAGAGCUCCACGAGCCGCAAUUGAAUGGCAUACACUCAGCACACAGAGGGCUUCGUGACUAUUGUCAGACAAAUCACAGUGAAAUUGGGGGUCACAGUGCAGUUUAGAAUGUAAGGUGUUUUAAUUACCUUCUUUUAAAAAGCACAAGGAAGCUUCCCCGAGACAAUACAGAAAGGGCUUUGGUCCCACGUCCACGGAAGCGGAAGCAGCCCCUGGAGCCAAGGGCAUCAGGGGCCACAGGGAGCUGGGCUCCUUCCCUCUCUGCUGCUGGCUUUGGUUUUUACCCAAAGUCUGAAGUUGAUCAUGGAAUCCGAUUUUAACAACUGUCUUCAACUUCUAGAAAGUUCCUAGAACUCAAGCUUUGAGAGUGCUUUGUAAACAUAGGAACACAAGUAGAAAAAAAAAAAACCCACAUCACAAAAAUGCAAGCAUGUGUUAGAAGGUACGUGAGUUACA